AGGGCGAGGCAGUGCCUUUGAGCAUUCACAGAGAGAAGGAGCGUUGACAAAGAUGCUUUGGCCCUUGGCCACUGGCCCUCGGGCCUCUUUCCUCUUGCUUUGGUCCUGCGGCCUUCCGUCCUGGAAUGAGCAAGCAUUUUGGCGAUGUUGGCAGAUUCCACGAUGGCCUUCACGAUGGCCUUCACUGUAGGCCAGUAUUUUGCGCUCAUGACUCGUGGUUCUCCGCAAUCGCUCAAGGGCUCUGAUGGAACUCGAGGUUCACAGGUCCCAAACUUUGAGGACCGGAAAGGGCACCUGCUCUGUUCGACAGAAAGAACCUGCGGGUGCACAAGAUUCCCCACUCUGUGUGGCGUGGCGAGGAUCUGGAUCUGGAGCGAGCGAGCGAGUGCCUCGUGAUGUGACGCGAUGCGAUGCGAUGCUCUUCUCUGUAGCUGCACGGUGCGCCAGCGAUCUUGCAUCUCGAAGAUGAUGAGCAUUGCGGCCCGAGGAAUGCCGGAAUUGAUCCUGUGCAUGACGAUGCGAGUGAGGCGUCGGUGCGAUUAGGAGCGAGCUUGGAUUAUAUCAGGUUCUCGCAUUGGACCUGAAACGAUCGACAAGCUUUCGUUUGCCAUCGAGAAGCAGCAGGUAUCGUCCGGUAUCGAAACCGAGUCGAUCCGAGACCUCGAUCAGCACGCACCGUCACCAUGGCCACAUUCGCUGAAGCGCCCGCAGGCAACGUCAAGGCCGGCGAGAAGAUCUUCAAGACCAAGUGCGCCCAGUGCCACGCCGUGGAGAAGGCGGCCGGCCACAAGCAGGGCCCGAAUCUGUCGGGCCUGCUGGGCCGAACGUCGGGCACCACGGCCGGCUACUCGUACUCUGCCGCCAACAAAAACAAGGCCGUCGUGUGGGGCGACGAGACUCUGUACGAAUAUCUGCUCAACCCGAAGAAGUACAUUCCUGGCACGAAGAUGGUGUUCCCGGGCUUGAAGAAGCCCCAAGAGCGAGCCGACCUGAUCGCCUAUCUGAAGGAGAACGCCAAUGCCUGAAGCGCGUCCACAAUUUUGUCUCUCGUCGUCCUUAGAUCCAGACGAUACAUUCCCAUCUGCGUUCCUUCGAGUCGAUCACGUCUAGCAGCAAGCUCGAGGGACCACUGGUGGAUUUCAUACGGUAUAGAUUUGACAGAUGCGGGUUUGGAACAGAGCCCAUUGGUCGGGUGGUAUAGGAUUAUUAAGUGGUCGUUGCAUUAUCUCUCCCACCUUGUUCGGAGUGACGAUAUUUGACACUGGCAGGAUAAAAGGAAGAGACCAUUGAGUGAGACCAACUUUUGACCUUGCACAAUCUCGUUCUCCCGGAUUGGGUUGGUUUGAUUCUCACUCUCGUUUUGCUGCAAGAGGUUGAAUUCCAUCGUCUGUACGGAAAUAAAGCUGCAAAGUCUGCCGGUUUCCAGUC